GAGGCGGCGGCCGUUGGGGGGGGCGGGCGGAGAAGCCGAGCGGCCGCAGGAGGGGCUCCGCCUCCUCCCUCAGGACCCCCCAGCCCCCUGCACGGCCACCCAGAGGGGCAUCUUCCCGGAUCCUCCUUUGACUUGACUUUGACACCCUGCCGGCUCGGUGAUGGACUGAUGAUCCCCGCCUCUUCCCACUUCCUAGGAAUUGCGCUUGGACCAGGGAGAGGAGAAGCAACCCUCUCCCUCCGAAGGAAGAGUUACAGCUCGAAGGAAUUGCGCUUGGACCUGGGAGAGGAGAAGCAACCCUCUCCCUCUUAAGGAAAAGUUACAGCUCAAAGUGUGACUGCAUUGACCAUGCUGUCAUUUUAACCUUUGGCCCGGUUAUCAGAGAUGACCAAGCUAUUAGGAAGAAGUUGUGAAGUCAGUGGAGAGAGGUUUCGAGGGGAACUACUCUGCUUUACGAUCGUUAGAAUAUGCUGGCGUGAAGAGAUCAAGAAAUGUGAUUGAUAAUACACUCAGUGACUUAGUUCACCCUGGCAAAUUGGUUUCAGUUGAUUAAACAUGGAUCUAUACAGCAAACUGAUUACUGGUAUUGUUAUUACCAGUGUUUUCCUAUUUCAGCUACUUUUCCAUGUUUUCAGUCCUUGGUUUUCAAGAAAACUAACUCCAAGUUUUGACAAUCUCAACCAAAAAAGGAAGAUUGAAUGGAACUCAAGGAUAGUAUCCACAUUCCAUGCUUUGGUGGUUGGUUUUUUUUGCCUGUAUAUUUUAGUUUUUGAUGAACCUACUAAGGCUGAUCCACUUUGGGGUGAUCCUUCAGUUGUAAAACUGAAUAUUGCUAUAACCUCAGGCUACCUCAUUUCUGAUUUGUUGCUUUUAAUUUUCUACUGGAAGGCUAUUGGUGAUAAAUUUUAUGUACUCCAUCAUGUUGCAGCUCUAUAUGCUUACUACUUUGUACUGGUGCAAGGAAAGCUGGCAUAUAUGGGUAAUUUCCGUCUGCUUGCAGAGUUCUCUACUCCUUUUGUGAAUCAGCGGUGGUUCUUUGAAGUGCUGAAGUAUCCCAAAGCUUCAAAAGCUAACAUCAUCAAUGGCAUAUUAAUGACUGUAGUAUUCUUCAUUGUAAGAAUUGCAGUUAUUCCUUCUUUUUAUGGCUACAUUUUGGCCGCAUUUGGGACGGAAGCUUACAACAGGCUAGGAUUCGGUGCCCAAAGUGCUUGGAUUGGCUCCAGUGCUGUUUUGGAUGUUAUGAACGUCAUGUGGAUGGUCAAAAUUACAAAGGGAUGCUUCAAAGUCAUUCUUCUCAUCAGAAAGGAGGAGGCCAAAGGACAAGAAAAUGGAAAAUUUGACUAAAAACGGGACACGGAAGAACGAACUACUCGAUUACAGAUAUUUAGGUUCGGUGGAAUUAUGCGCCUUUUGGCCACAGAUGCUUUUUUUAAUGGAAGUACGGUUUUACCUCUUUCUGCAGGUUUAACCUUUCCCUGGCCUCACUGCCCGCACAAGGAGGAGCCCCUUGAUUGGAAGGUGAUCCUAUUGAACCGUCUGGGGGAGCAGUGAACUAAAGCAAACUCUGUAGUGAGGACCCCAAAAGUGACACAUAGCUGAAGAUGUGAAGCACUUAAAAAAAAAAAAGGCUAUCUUAAAGGGAAUUAGCAAAUUAGUACUUGGACUUGGAUAAUAUGGUCCCAAAUAUUUUUACUCAGGUUAGUCCAAGUAAUGUGGUCCAAGCCUGCGAAUAUCAGGAACUAACAUUUAAGUUCUGUUGACAAGCAUGUUCUAUACUUUCUAUUUGUUAGAAUUAAUCAAGAUUUUAUUGCCAACAUCUAUUUUUUAACUUUAUGAAAGACUAAUUAAGACUUUUAACUUUUAUUCUGAGAUCUUCUGGUUUUUGCUGCCUUGUAUGCAUGGAUACCAUUUAAGGGGUUUAAAAGGGCAAUUUAGAGCUACUGUGAGGAGUCUUUUUUUCUGAACUCUGUUAUCUGCAAUGGUAUUUUGUCUGUGAAUAUAUGAAGUGCACCCAAUUUUAUCUGUUCAUUCUUCUGACAGAAUUUUGAUCACCUUUAGCACUGUAAAUAGAACCCUUUUACAGCCCUA